GCACGACGAGCACAGUCGAGAAGAUGAGCCUCAGCGACAAGGUUGUGAUUGUGACGGGCGCCAGCAGUGGCAUUGGUGUGGCCAUUGCACAGGUGAUGGCCCGUGAGGGAGCGCAUCUGUCGCUGGUUGGACGCAACGUGACCAAUUUGGAGGCAACGCGCGCCUUACUGCAGAAGCAGAACAAGGCCAUCCAGGCACUGACUGUCGUCGCUGAUGUUACCAAGGAUACGGAUGUGAUUAUACAGCAGACACUGAAGCAAUUCGGACGCAUCGAUGUCCUGGUCAAUAAUGCCGGCAUCCUGAGCACAGGUUCGCUCAUCGAUCUGGACAUUAACGAAUUCGACACGGUGCUCAAUACGAAUCUGCGCGCCAUUGUGCUGCUAACCAAGGCGACAGUGCCGCAUCUGCUCAAGACAAAGGGCAAUGUCGUCAAUGUGAGCAGCUGUGCCGGCAUCUGUCACUUCGCUGGCGCACUGACCUAUGGCAUAUCGAAGGCGGCACUGGAUCAAUUUACAAAAAUUGUCUCAUUGGAGCUGGCGCCGCAGGGUGUGCGUGUGAAUUCGGUGAAUCCCGGUUUUGUGGUCACCAAUAUACACAGUCGCAUUGGCAUUGUGGAUGAGGAAUACAAAAAGGUGCACGAACGUGCCGUCAAUUCCCAUCCAUUGGGCCGCGUCGGCGAUGUCUUUGAAGUGGCCGAGGCCGUUGCGUUUCUGGCCAGCUCGAAGGCCAGCUUCACCACCGGCGCCCUGCUGCCCGUCGAUGGUGGCAAGCAUAAUUUUACGCCACGUUAAGUGACACCAAGUAUUCCCAGUUGCCUCGAGGUCACACUUUCAUUAUUAUUAUUAUAAUUUUUUGUUUUUUUUUUUUUUGUUUGCCUUUUCUAUUUUUAAGCGGAAAUACAUGCAAAAUGCGAAUGUUAUUUGAAAUUUAAAACGUGUGGCUUCAAACUGUGCAUCGUCGUGUCUCCAGACCAGACGACCCCAAAGUGACCGUCAUGGUUUGCCCUACACUCGGACACGCCUCGAGCUUAUCAGCUUAUCACGAGCAGCCGCACACAAGCAAUUCAGUUAACUUAACCGCCGACCAGAGCAUGUCCAUCAUAUAUGUAAUGCCUCCAGAUACAGCUGACACUGGUUAUCACAGACCACAUGCGUACAUGCGUAUGGGCUUUCCUAAUCUUAAGCCAGCACCUAUCAGCCACUCACAAAUAUUGGGUUUUUUUUUUUUUUUUGGGUCUCUUCACUGAAGGAGAAACUCGAAAUGGGUCGGUCAUUGUUCCCCUAACGAAAUGGGUAAACAAUGUCGGGAAUUUGACUUUGGGACAACUUUGGGAUACACUUACGCCAAGCUAUGGUGAAUUGAAGAGUUUGAAAAGCUCGCGUCAAGCUUUAGCCGUGCACUGAACCAAGCUUGAAAGCUUUUAGCUUAUGCAUCGGCACAAAUAAAGUUAUAACAUAAAA